UAGAAGCAGCAUUUAUAGCAUAGAGAGCGUUAUAUAUAUAGAUAGCCCUCCUCUUCUCAUCCUCCACCAUCUCUCAUUUUUAUAACCAAAUAUUUACAACAAUAUUAUUCACAAACACCACAAAUCUCCUUCUCAUUUAUUUCGACUAGCUAGAUAUAACUCAGCUUAGACUACCCAUAAUGAAUAAUUUUAUGAGUAAUUAUAAUGGGUUGAAAGGGCAUUCUUCUUCUGAGAUGAAGAUGAAGAUGAAGAUGAAGAUGAAGAUGACGAGGAGGCAGAGGCACAGGCAGAGGCAGGUGGGUGGUCGUGGCGGCCGCAAGUCAACGGUGCAAGUGAAGGUGAAGAAGCUGCAAAUGUUGAUUCCAGGAGGGAGAGGGUUGAAGGCAGACCGGCUUUUUCUUCAAACCGCCGACUAUAUACUUCAGUUGAGGUUGCAAGUUAACGUUUUGCAAGCGCUUUCCAAGAUUUACAAGCUAUCUUAGCUACGAGAUGAGGAGUCUACAGUCUACUACUUGUGAUGCCUGCAUUUCGAUCUUACCUACUUAAUUAUGUUAUAUAAUGAUGAUAACAUAUUGUAUGUUUCUUUCUCUUAGUUUUUCCCGGGCAUCUCUCUCUAUAAUAUUCAUCAUGAUAUAUAUAUAUAUGACUCUCUCUCUCUCUCUCAUUUCUGCAGUGCUCAAUAACUGAAUUUAGGAACCUAAUCCAUGAAGGAGAGCUAGAAUUCUCAUAAAUAUAUUACUCUUGCCUUCUCUUUGGCUAGCUAUAAGCUAACAACAAAUUCAGGAGGCAUCAUAUUGCACAAAAUUAUUACAUGUAAGUUCUGCGGUUUUUUAUAUUGGAAUUCGGGCUUUUUGAGUUAUAAAUGAAGUUUCUGUUCAUCCA